GCAAAACCAAGAAGCGGGCAAGAAGAAAUCAACUGGUUUACACAAGCUCGUUAAAAAGAUAUUGGAUAUUAGAAUAACCUUUCAGGCGCUAUCCUCAAAAAGCCAACACUGAGUGAUGGGUUUAUGUGUGAGCUAUGGAAGACUUUAGAAAUUUAAAAAUAAGAUGGAUCAGGACCUAUCAUAUUCAACCACUGUCGAACUUUCAAUAGCCUGCAGGAAUUUAUGUGACACUGAUGUCCUAUCAAAAUCUGAUCCACUUGUCGUUGUAUUUGAAAAGUCAUUCCCGGAUGAUCAAUGGGUUGAGUUGGACAGGACAGAAAUUAUCCAGAAUAACUUAAAUCCUGACUUCGCAAAGAAAAUCGUCAUGGAAUAUCACUUUGAGGAACAACAGAGGUUAAAUUUCGCUGUAUAUGACGUGGACUGCAAGUCUGACAAACUGGAUAAACACGAUUUUUUGGGGAAUUGUGAGACCACUCUGGGUGAAAUUGCGUCUUCUGGAAAAAUCACCAAACCGUUAAAGAAUGGCCCGUCAACCGAUUGUGGAUCAAUCAUAAUUUCUGCUGAGGAGGUUUCCUCUUGUAAAGAUGAGCUUACACUUGAUAUCUCUGGGAGAAUGCUGGAUAAGAAGGAUAUAUUUGGGUCUUCGGAUCCUUUCCUGGCAUUUUAUCGCGUAAAUGAAGACAAGAGUCGCACCGUGGUUUAUCGAACCAAAGAGAUAAGAAAUACUUUGAAUCCCAACUGGAAACAAAUGGUUAUACCGUUGAGGCUUUUAUGCAAUGGAGAUCACGACAGACCAUUAGUUAUUGCCUGCAUUGACUGGAACAGAAGUGGAAGAGAGAGUUUGAUUGGCGAAAUCACCACAUCUGUCAAUGAAUUAUUACAUAUGUACAGUAAUGGUGUAUAUUCAUUUGAUCUUAUUAAUCCUCGUAAGGCUAAGCGGCAUAAACAUUAUCAGAAUUCUGGAACUCUUCAUUUAAAUUUAGUGAGAGUUGAGAAAAUAUACAGCUUUCUGGAAUAUGUUCAAGGAGGCACUGAACUGAGUUGCUGCAUUGCUAUCGACUUCACAGCAAGUAAUGGCAGUCCACAAGUUCCCGGCACAUUACAUUACAGUACAAUUUCUCAACCAUCACAAUAUGCAUUGGCUUUGCAAGCUGUAGGUGAAAUAAUCAGUGAUUAUGAUAGUGAUAACUUAUUUCCUUCAUUUGGAUUCGGUGCUUGUAUUCCACCCGAUAAUACGGUAUCACAUUGCUUCCCUCUGAAUGGACAUAUGGAUAAUCCAUAUUGUGAAGGCAUACAAGGUGCAAUGGCUGCCUACGCUCAUUCACUAAGAACAGUCAAAUUUCAUGGACCAACCAAUUUUGCGCCAAUUAUUAAUACAGUAGCUAGUAUUGCUCGUCAGUCUGUUGAUGGUUCCAGUACUCAAUUCUACUAAUUCUUACUGAUGGUAUUAUAUCAGAUUUACCACAAACAAAAGCUGCUAUCGUAAAUGCAUCUAGUCUUCCUCUGAGUAUUAUCAUUGUUGGUGUUGGUCCAGCGAAUUUCGAUGAAAUGGAAGAACUUGAUGGUGAUGAAGUACGAUUAAGUUCUCGUGGAAAAACUGCAAUUCGUGAUAUUGUACAAUUUGUACCUUUUCGAAAUUUUCACAAUUUGAAUAAUGUUCAAGAGAGUAAACGACGUUUAACUAAAGCUGUCCUAUCAGAAAUACCUGAUCAACUAGUAUCAUAUAUGAGAAUGCAAGGGAUAAAACCGUUGAAUACACAAACUAAUGAUUAUGACAUAGAGAAACAUGAUACAAAUGUAAAGAAUACAAGCUGUAAAAUGUAUCAUUCAGAGACAAUUGGUAAUAAUCCACCGUAUCCAACUGAUUUGCCUAAUGUAUAUCCUAAUUACUAAUUUCAUUCAUUAUUCAUCACUAUGAAUAUUCAUUGAUAACUUGCACAAAUGUAUGAUAUGUACUGACAUCUGUAUAGUUCCACUUACCUUUCAAAUGAACUUAUUAUAUUCAAGUUGAUAUUUUGAAACAUAUAAAUAUAGUAAAAUUAUUGUUGAACCUCCAACUAAUGACAUGAUAUCUCUUUUUUUCUCAAGUUAAUUUUCGCCGUUUAAUCAAUAAACACUUUGAGUAGUUAUAUAACUGGUAACUUAAAAUUCAAUGCAUAUAAAUAUUCCCUAGUCUUUUAUCUCCAUGUGUGUGUGUGUGUGUGUGGAAAGUUAACUGUCGUCCAUUCAAUUAUCUUAUAUAUUUGUUUAUUUCAUUUGGGAUAGUUGAUUUUUGGCCAAUUCCUAUCAAUAAUAUGUGUCCAGUAAACUCAGUAUCUGAUAUUUUUUUCUCUUUGUUUUACUCUCAUAAUAUGUUUUGCUCAUGAUAUCACUUUUUCUCAUUUACCAAAACUGAAAACAACAAUAACGACACUUUUGUUUUGAUCUUACACUCAUUUACUUCUCUUCUUUCUGUCUUACUUUCUUUUUGGUUCUCUCUCCAUGCUUCCUUCCUAUUACUAGUAAUAAUAAUAAUAACAGUGAUAUGAGUUGAGUUUUGCAUAUUGGAUGUUUUAUAGUUGUGUACUUUCGAAUGGCUAUUGUUUUUAUCAUUAUUAUCUUGAUACUUAUUAAUGAUAAUGAGAUAACCGAUAUCAUAGUCACUGCCUUCGUUAGCGUUCUCUACUGAAGUAAAAAAAAGAUGAAAUAAAUCGGUGGUAUUUCAUCA